CGAGGAAGGUCCGCCCUCUCCUGGACUCAGCCCUGGCCUCGCCGAGCUCUGUUCUUAGACUCUCACCCGUCCCGCACGUUCCUGGGCGCCUGGCGUUCUGAUUCGCCCGCCCGGGCCCCGCCACCCCCUCCUCAACCGACGGGGCAAAAGCUGCUCCGAGAGAAGAAGGUCAAGUCCUCCGCCCGGGCCGGGCGCGAGCGGAGCCCAGGGAGCGCAGCAUCCGCGCGGCUACCGCGGCGGCGCAGGAGUUACAAAGUCGGCGCGCGAGACUCCGCCGCCACCCGGCAGCCCCGGCGCAGCUCCGGCAGCCGCAGUCGCAGCGCCCCCAGCGUGGCGCCCCCCGGCCGGGCCUGCCGCCCGGGACCCGGGCUGGGGCGCAGAGGGAGCCCGAAGCCCGGCGCCCCCAUGCGCCGCCCCGCCGCCGCCGCGCCACAGCUAUGACCCUGAGCACUGAGAUGUCCGAUGCCUCUGGCCUCGCCGAGGAAACAGACAUCGACGUGGUGGGGGAGGGCGAGGACGAAGAAGACGAGGAAGAGGAGGACGACGACGAGGGCGGCGGUGGCGGGCCCCGGCUGGCUGUCUCCGCGCAGCGGCGGCGGCGGCGCUCGUACGCCGGGGAGGACGAGCUGGAGGAUCUAGAGGAGGAGGAGGACGACGAUGACAUCCUGCUGGCCCCGCCUGCUGGGGGCUCCCCGGCGCCCCCGGGCCCGGCCCCGGCGGCGGGGGCAGGAGCCGGUGGGGGCGGCGGCGGCGGCGGCGCGGGCGGCGGCGGCAGCGGCGGCGGCGGGAGCGCGGGUAGCGGCGCCAAGAACCCGCUGGUGAAGCCGCCCUACUCGUAUAUCGCGCUCAUCACUAUGGCCAUCCUGCAGAGCCCCAAGAAGCGGCUGACGCUGAGCGAGAUCUGUGAGUUCAUCAGCGGCCGCUUCCCCUACUACCGGGAGAAGUUCCCCGCCUGGCAGAACAGCAUCCGCCACAACCUCUCGCUCAACGACUGCUUCGUCAAGAUCCCCCGCGAGCCCGGCAACCCGGGCAAGGGCAACUACUGGACGCUGGACCCGGAGUCCGCCGACAUGUUCGACAACGGCAGCUUCCUGCGCCGGAGGAAGCGCUUCAAGCGGCAGCCGCUGCUCCCACCCAACGCCGCGGCCGCCGAGUCUCUGCUGCUGCGCGGCGCGGGAGCCGCAGGGGGCGCGGGCGACCCGGCAGCCGCCGCCGCGCUCUUCCCGCCCGCGCCCCCGCCGCCCCCGCAUGCCUACGGCUACGGCCCCUACGGCUGCGGCUACGGCCUGCAGCUGCCGCCUUACGCGCCUCCCUCGGCCCUCUUCGCCGCCGCAGCGGCCGCCGCCGCCGCCGCCGCCUUCCACCCGCACUCGCCCCCGCCGCCCCCGCCACCGCACGGCGCGGCCGCCGAGCUGGCCCGGACCGCCUUCGGCUACCGGCCACACCCGCUCGGCGCCGCCCUGCCCGGCCCCCUGCCGGCCUCCGCGGCCAAGGCGGGCGGCCCGGGCGCCUCAGCGCUGGCGCGCUCGCCCUUCUCCAUCGAGAGCAUCAUCGGGGGCAGCUUGGGCCCGGCCGCCGCUGCCGCCGCCGCCGCGCAGGCCGCCGCCGCCGCUCAGGCCUCGCCCUCGCCCUCGCCGGUGGCGGCGCCGCCAGCUCCCGGAUCCAGCGGAGGAGGCUGCGCGGCGCAGGCGGCCGUGGGCCCGGCGGCGGCGCUCACCCGAUCCCUCGUGGCCGCCGCGGCCGCCGCCGCCUCCUCAGUCUCCUCGUCCGCCGCCUUGGGGACUCUGCACCAAGGGACUGCCCUGUCCAGUGUCGAGAACUUCACUGCUAGGAUUUCCAAUUGUUAAUAACGCUAUGUUAGCGCGCUCGAGGAAGAAGGGAGAAAACGGACUCUCACAGGCUCAAAUGAAGUUCUUCCCCGUCCCCGCAACCCUUGUUAAAUGUUUGAAGGAGGUUAAACCCUCUCAC